AGUGAGAAUACAGAACAGAGGGAGGGGGAAGGAGGAGACCCAGAAGAGAGAAGAGGGAACAGAUGGAAGUUCCCGUUUCGGAACGUUAGAGGCCAGUCCUCAGUUGUAUUCUCCCUCUGGGCGGCUGGGGGAGGAAGGUUGAGAGGAGGUCCUGGAAACUGGAGGUGAAAGAAGUAUCCUUCACUAGUAGAAGUGGCCCUCAUCCCUUUCUCCUUCUGUACCAGCGAGGGGUUCAGGAUGGAUAUAAGCUACACUGGCUUCACGGAUGCUUUUUGGGGUUCUGCCUCUGGAGAUGUUUAAAAGGACAAGAAGACCCUACCUCCUGCUUUCUUUCUCUGCUGCACCUGGGGAUCUGGGAUCUGUCACAUGUUUGCCGUGGACUGGGCCCACGACAUUAUCGCUACCACUGACCUCAAAGCACUGGGAGAAAACUUCAGUUUCCAGCCAGCUGCCUAACUGCCUGUCUCUGUGUGGAGAAUGGAAUGCAGCGGAUCAGCAUCCCCAGGCGCCGAGGGGGACGACAGUUGUAUAGGAGGACCUUCAAGGAAGAGGAGAAGGACGAGGUACUUGGGUUUUCCAUCUGACCAGAGAGGGAUUCUCCAGCAAUAUGAAAAGAUGGAGUCAAGCACAAGAAAAGCUCUGAUGGACAUUUCCGAAAAACUUACAGUAAUUCCAAACAACUCAAGUGGAAUUUCUUAUCUCAGAACUCGACUCCAAGACCUGACAAAAAAGCCAUCCCUGGAGCCGGUCUACAUAGGGCUGUUUGGAAGCACGGGGGCUGGGAAGAGCUCCCUGCUCAAUGCCAUCAUCAAUGAGAAAAUGUUUUUGCCAGUGUCGGGCGAAAGUACCUGCACCUCAUGCCUGGUGCAAGUGAGUUCUGGUGUCAGCGACAUCUGUGAGGCCAAAAUCCAUCUCCUCUCUGACGAGGAAUGGGAAGAAGAACUGAGAAAUUUGAAGGAACUCAUAGUUAAGAAUGAAACCAGGUCUGGGGAAGAAGAGGUUGAUGAGUAUGGAAUCGUACAAGAGGCUAUACUGAAGCUCAAUGCUCUCUAUGGUCUCGAAGCUGAAAACAAAAGUGUCGACGAGCUUUUGAGCAUCAAGAUCUUUAAUGACAAGACUAUUGUUUUAAAAGGAAGUUCUGCAAAUGACCUGUCUGAACAAAUGGACCUGUACAUUCGGAACCAGUCAGAACUCAGCGAGAACAAUGAAAGAGAAUUAUGGCCCCUAGUCAACCACGUGGAAGUGACUCUCGCCGUAUCAGAACUUCUCCCAAGAGGGGUGGUGCUAAUGGAUAUUCCAGGGACCGGAGACUUUAAUAGCAUAAGGGAUCUGAUGUGGAAGGAGAGUAUUAAUAAAUGUUCUGCAAUUUGGAUAAUCGGUGAUGUUCAAAGAAUUAAAGGAGGAAAAGAUAAUGAAGUUCUUCUGCGGGAAGGAAUAAAAGCCCUUCAGAAAGGGACCUGCUCUGAAAUAGCUCUGGUGAUUACCAAGUCAGAGAAUAUGAAUCUGGAAGUAUAUCUGCGGGAAAGAUCCCAGAAAAAACAGCAACCAAAUGUGGAAGCCCCCAAGGACAUGUACCAGGCCAUUCUAGAGAGGAAUAAGACUCUGAAGCAAAGCAAGGAAAGAAGUUUGAGGGAAAGGCUCAAGAAAAAUUUACCAUCUGAUGCUGAAGUGUUAGACAGUUCUGAGCUAGUUUACACUGUGAGUGCUGAAGAAUACUGGAAAAAAGAGCAUCUUACUGAGGAAGAAACAGAAAUUCCUAAAUUAAGACAGAAGAUCAGAAGCAUAUACCUGAAAGAGAAGAAGAAGAUGGUAUCCGAUUACAUCACACAGGCUUUUGGCAUCGUCUCGCUUGCAGAGCACUUCGAGUUCCAAGUAGAACAUGACAUUAUUAAGGACUUUUGCCAUGACACUCUGAAGAGCUAUUUGGAGGUGAAAAUCCAGUGUUUGGAGAAGGAUGCUGACAAGUGCUUUAACCAAAUAAAGGGGCCCCUCACCGAGGGAGUCAAGAAUGCAAAGUCAUCUUACAAAAGAAUUCUUGAUGACCUCCUCUUUAAAAAAAAAGUAAAUCAAGGAUUUCACAGAACUCUGAAGGCCAUCUGCUUGAAAAAUGGUGUCUUUGCCUCCAGGGUUUAUCUAAGAAUAGAUCUGAAUGAAGCUAUUUCACAGCCUGUCUACGAUAAAAUUGGCAGUGUUUUCCAGAGAAUAUUAAGGACUGGAAAAGAUACACGGUCUUCCCUGAUGACUUAUUUGGAUGAAAUAGAGACUGCUUUUAAAGCUGAAAUUUUGAAAGUUGCAAAAAAACUGGAAGCAGACAAACAAAAUGGCAAAUACCAGUUUCUGAGUACAGAGACACAGGUUAUUUUCAGCAACCUGAAAAGGACCAUUUUAAAAAGGAAGGUGGUGAUCUUUGAGUCCUUCCCAGUGUCCGUACAGAAUGACCUGAAGCCGGUUUAUGAAGAGGCAGCCAAGAUCAAAGGCAAGAACUCUUGUGAGAAGAUGAAAAACAUCUUAAGGGAAGGUUUUGAAAAGGAAGUGAUAGGAGGAAUGUUUGAAAGGGCCAAAGACCAAAUGCUCCAGGAAAUGAAUAAACUGAAGAAGGACAUCUUGGUCGGACUAAAAGACAACAUUGUAAAGAUGCUGGAACUGGCCUUGUCUCAGAGAGAAGCUCUACCUUGUUCACUGCCCGACCUCAGGAAGGAAUACAACUAUAUUAAAGCCAUGUACCACCAGCUGAAAAACACUCCUUAAAAACAGCCUUCUGCGAUCUUGGGUCACCAUGUUUAUAUACUUCUAUUUGCAAGUUUGCUUUUCUGAUCAAGAAUAGCUUUAACAGGAAAAUUCAAGCUUUGGCCGGACCACUUUUCAGGAAGGUGCCUGCUCGGAUUGGGUGUGGGAAAAAUACUAAGGUGGCAGCUAGCUAGCUUUGCGGGGG